AUGCAUUUAUUUAGAAGAUCAAACAGCAACAAUAACAACACCUAUAACAACAAUAGUAUUAGUGAUGAAGAGGAUGACUUUGUACUAGUCGAUGAAACUGUUGUAGCACCAACACCAACAAACAACAAUAACAACAACAACAUAUUGCCAAUUUAUCAAAUUAAACAGAGUCAAUUGAACUUGGACGAUGUUGGACAACUUCCAUCAUACUCACCAGUUGCUCAACACGUUUCACUGGUACCAUCAGUCACUCCACUGGAGAACAACAACAUCACAAUCAACAACAACAAUAAUCAAGAUAUUGAGGUAGUUCCACAAAUUGAGAAUGUUGUACAACAACAACCAAUCAGAUCGAUAAUUGAUGACGCAGUUGUCGAUCAGCAGCCUCAAUCACUUUACAACAGCAGCGUGGAAAGAAUCGUUGUAAAGACUCAAUCGCGUUCCAGCACUCAAUACACCUCAUCCAACUCUGUAAACAUCAAGCCAUACUUUACUCGCACGACCAACACACAGGCUCCAGCCUACAUCACCAACUCCCCUGUACAGAUCAAACUCUCCACGCCAUCCUACGUCUCGACCAGCACCCAACUCACCGGCCCCUCCUACUUGUCGACCAACAAGACCAGCGUUACCUACUGUGAGCGAUACUAA